AUGGAAAAGUUAAAAGAAGAUAAGACUGAUUUUGAAUUAGGAAAUAAAACUUUUGGCGCGUUUUCUAUUUCAGCUCUGUUUGUCCACUCUCCUAACAUAGAAAACUUAUGGAGAUUGGAUGCUUUGGGAAUUCGUGACCCUACAGACUGUAAAAAUCUAGAGCAAGAUGCGUUAGAUACUUUUGAGAAAACUGUUCGAAUUAAUGAUGAAGGGCGCUAUGAAAUCAGGCUUCCUCGACUUGAAGGGUUCGAAGAUUUAGACAGUAAUCUAGAAACAGCAAAACAAAAAUGUAGGUCUACUACAAAAAAAUUGCUUCGGGAAAACAAGUAUUUUGAGUACGAUGCAGUAUUCAAGGAAUGGUUAGAAGAACAAAUCAUUGAAGCAGUACCUUUAAGGAAAAUAGAUAAACCAGCUCAUUAUUUACCUCGCAGAGGUGUUUACAAAGAACAUUCGACUACGAAAGUAUUUCCAGUGUUUGAUGCCAGUUGUAAAACUAAACAAAUGCGGUCUAUUAAUGACUUUCUGCUAAAAGGUCCAAAUCUCUUGGAACAAAUCCCUCCUCUUUUAAAUAAUUUUUGUAAAGAUAUAAUAGGCGUAACUUCGGAUAUCAAGAAAGCAUUUUUACAGAUCUCUGUUGCCAAUGAAGAUCGUGAUUUCCUACGUUUCUUAUGGUGGGAAAAUAUUGAUGAACGAGAAUUCCGAACAUUUCGUCAUAAUCGUCUGGUUUUCGGAUUAAAUUGCAGUCCGUUUCUUCUCUCGUCAGUUUUAAACCACCUCAUUGCAACUUAUUCCUCUCAAUUUCCGGAGACUUGCACCAUUUUAAGAAAUGCGUUCUAUGUGGACAAUUGUGUUACAUACGUUCCAGACGAGAAAAAACUGAAUCAGUUUAUUCAUGAAUCAACUUAUUUGAUGAAUGUGGGCUGUUUUGACCUAAGAGGGUGGGAGUAUACCACUCAAAAGUUUGAAGAAAAAUCUGAACCUAUCUCAGUACUUGGAUUGCUCUGGGACAAACAUGAAGAUGUUUGA